AUGGCAUCGUUGACCAUAGGAACGAGAUCGCCCACCGGCGGGCCCUGGCAGAACCGCAAAACCGAAUCGCACAAGAUGCCGCUGUCGAAGCCGCUGUCGCGGAGCAACGUCUUCUUCAAAGCGGUCGCCGACAUUCUCACCGCAGCAGGCCCGGCUCGUCUUACUGUCCCAGCUCUACAAGGCUACACCAGCGCCCGCUCCGACGACGAAUGGCGCCCAAAGAGCUACCUCUCUACCAUUACGCGGGCGCGGCUGCAAGUUCUGCGGGAAGCCGCGACAUCGACGUAUGUAAGCGCUUCGAGCCACGCUUCGACGACAGAGACCCCGCUCCUGCCCUCUAAGCCUUCCAGCCUGGGGGAAUCGACCGAACCGGGGUUGGCGAGCGGGGAGCUGAUGACGACUGGGGAGCUCUGAGUCUUCUUGCCGGUCUUCUUUCUCACAGUCGGAGCGAAGGCAGCUCCGUGGCCGGAGAGGGCGGCGAGCGCUCCGAGACUGCUGAGCUUGGAGAGGUCCACAACGGCGGCAUCGUCAUUCAGGUCGGAAAGGAGGCCCAGCGAGGUGACGGGGCUAUCAAGCUCAGCGUCCAUACCAUCGACGUCUCCUGCUGUUUCUGA